GGUCGAUCCAGUUCACCAACCCCCUCCAACCCCCUCCUCUCAUUUCCCUUUCACUGGGCUAAAAAAAUGCUAUGGCAGCUGCCCCGCUAGAGAGCUCUAGCACCCCGCCCGACACUACCUCAACCGAUUCGACGCGUCCCUUCGGUGAUUCCAUGGAAGAUAGCGAACCUCAAUCUACACGAAAACGUCCCCGUCUCGACAGUGGAAGCGGAGCGUGUGAGUCUCUAAUUGUCUCCAACGACACUUCCGCCUCUCGAACUCCCAAACAUAUCACCGAUGCUCCUGCCACUUUGGGCGAGGAAGCUUCCCCGUCGUCUCGUCCGGCCAGUCGAGUGACUAUCAACGUGAAGUCUCCCAUCUCCGACAACAUGGCUUCCGCUCCCAGCGAUUCUCCCACAAAGCAGCCCACUGGCGGGGCCGGUGCCGACGCUCCCACGGCGAUCUCACUUUCGUCCUCGCCUGCGCAAAGUCCGGAGAUUGAGGUGGCAGACCUGGAAGAUAUGGAUCAGGAUCCCAACACGUCCAGCUGGAAGCCGCUGGGGGAGGCACUGCGAGAAUCAGCAACCCCGGAGGUUGUACAGCUACAUGACCCUUUGUCUUUGAUAGACACAUUUCCUAAGCUCCGUCCGGGAACAGAGUCGCGCGAGAGCAUGGAGGAAAUUAGCCUGGCCCUUGAGAAAGGCUCGGAGCUCGAUACUACAAUCUUCACCGCUGUGAAGAACUGGCUAGACGAUGUUGUGAACAACCUCACUCAAGUCACGUAUGCGGUCUUCGCAGAGGACCGCGACGCUUGGGAAGAAGUACCCAAUAUGGUGGAUGGCUUGUUACGCCGGAAUCACAUGCUUGCGCCGGAGCAGGGGGAACCCCUAUGGACUUGUCUGGAAGAAUUCUUUAUCAACUAUGCCCAGCUGGCCGUCCACAUCAUUCGCCUGGAUACCAUGCUUCUGCGCCAGACAGUCAAGGAUCCGGAUGUACAGCCAUCAGAACUGUUAUCAAGGGCCUAUCUUCCGUCGCUAGGAUGGAUACUGCAACUUAAUCCUAUCCCUUUCUUCACUGCUAUGGAGAAGUCCUAUGGCAUCGAGGUUCCUAAUUUGAUUACUCGUAUCAACGAUAAGCUCGCCUCGCCUCCAAUUGACAUCGUCAAGCCACUGUCUGAAUUUGCGGCUUGCCUUACGAGCUUGGUAACCCAGUGGCCGCAAUUCUCGCAGGCCUUGCUCUCAGUGGUCACGAUCGCGCAUAACCUAGUAGACUCAGGCAAUGAGCGACGCAGGCACUGCAUUGACGAGGACCUGAUCAAUUCUCCCGUUUACAGUCGUACCCUGAAGUCGGUCUAUCCCUUGAUCCGUGCCCUUGACGACAGCUAUCAAUUUCACAUCACAAAAAAGUCUCCUUGGGUGUCCGGCGAGAUAAGUGAGCAGAUGCUCCGUUGUCUCUCUCGCACAUACCUCAACUUCUGUCACUGGAGUCCAGAAUGGUCGGAUCAAAUCGCGAAGGAUCUUGCCAUAGAGAUCCCGCCUGAUCUUCCAUUUGAAGGCCGGGCUUCCAUUGUUCAUCAUGGUUGGAAGUUCGCCGUACUGAAAAAGCAUAUCAUGGACGGUCGCAUGGAGCUCCGGGUGCACGGCAUGGAGACGAUGCAGUCCGACCUUGUCGCGUUCUAUCGACUGCAUAUCCAGCGUGAUCCCGGUGGUAUUAAUCACCCGCUCGUACAAUACCUGGUCAAUUUCCUGAGGCAGAACCAUAUCGUUGAAUACAUCGUUGGCAUCGAUUCGCAUCCGCAGCUGAUUAGCAGAAGUGUGAACAUUAUCGGCUUUUUGGUGGUCACGUCCACAUAUACUGACGCUGAUACUGACACGAUAUGGCAGACGGUAACAGAGAGCCGCGAUUCGCGAGCGGUGUCGGAAGUCCUGGCUAUGCUGUCCAGAACUUUUCACUUGCACCUGUGUACAUCGCCUGCAUUACUUUACCUAUGCUCAAAAUUGCUGGAGCUCCCCUUGGUCCGCUUCGAUGCUCGAAUGAUCGAAUUCUGUGACCAAUUGCUCUACCAAGUGCGCGAGAAACACAAUGAACGGUACCGUCAAGAGCUUUCAGUACAUGUGGAUGCUAUCCCCCUACGCCUCUGUGUGCGCCUUAUUCGUGAGAGUGCUGCCACCAAUGAAUUAUCCGUGGACCACAAAGCCCACCUGCAGAAGUUUGCGGCCACGCAACUCAGUGCUUUCAUGGACAUUGGUCUAAGCGAGUCUGACAAGAUGGAGACCUACGAGCUUUGCGUUCAAGAUAUAGCCGACAUGAACAACUUCACUGCUGGAAGCAUUCAAGCCUUAAAUGCUCUUCUUACGAAUAAUGAUAGUCAAAGUGUCCGAAAGCUUGCCGAGGAAUUCGAUUUGACUCGGUUGGUGGUGAUUGAACUCGCGAAAACCGUGAACGACAACCAAAUCGAUUUCGCGGAUACUUUCUCGUGGAAUGGAUUUCUCUCACGAAUCCAGCUGCUAGCUCGCAUCAUUGAUGGUGUUCCCGAAUACAUAACAGCAGAUCUCAGCGAUAUCCUGUGGCGUAAGGUCUUCAUAUCGAAAUUACUCGUGCAGCAAGGUAGACGAGCCCUCUGGGACAAGCUAUGUGCUCUCACUCGAUGUUCUACACGUGCAAAUCCCUUCAUCGAACGAUGCCUCACAGAGUAUCUACCUAAGCUCUCCCCUAAUGAAGACUAUUCACCAGAGGUUCUGUUCUUCGCGAAACAUGCCAUCAACUACGAAAUCCGCUUUCAUCCUCCCCCAAUCGCUGGCGAGAAUGAAGUCGUGGUCAUCCCGGGAAUGGACCGAAUUUGGAAUAUGAUUCUCACCGCACCGCCUGGUACCAUCGAAACAGAUGCAACCAGCUUCGCCAUAGAAGUAUAUCUUGACCAUAGUGUGAUUAAUCGCUCACCGCGUUCGGCCGUUGAAGCAACUCAUAUUGCGCUGGUUGAUCGCUGCGUUGACCAGCUAAAAACUGCUGCAUCUAACUUGCACCCUUCGAAUGCAGCUUGUGACGGAUCCACGGAGGCGAUGACAACCGUUGCAUCUGAGUCCAAAGUCCAUCCGGAAGAGCUACGGUUUAGCCGCUCGUUGCUCGUUCUGCGCCAAUUCCUUCAGGGCUUGCGAAGCCGCCCGCAGUACAGUCCACCUCAGAACUCGACAUCUCUCGACCUGCCAGCUAGCCCCGUGAAUGGCGAGCUGAUCAAUAUUCGUUAUCAAGCAUUCAACGGUGGCACACAAACCAAGGUGAACUCAUUGCAGAUUGGUGAUCUCUCAACCGCUGCGGAGCUCGUGGAUACUCUCGUCCGCGUCACUGGGUUUACCAAGCUGAACACUAUAUUUGGCGGCCAACGAAUCGAUCUUCUCGAGAAACCCAAUACCACUUUACGGGAUUUGAAGCUUCGAACCGGCCUCCUUAUCGUCCGGCGAGACCCAGAAAGUCGAGAAGUUGCACUUCCCGGAAGACGCCAGUCUUUGACUUCGGUAGACUCAGAGGUGCUCAAGCAUUUCGAUGAUCUCUACGACCUUCUGGGAAUAGAGGAGCAUCUAGCGCGAGAGAUUUAUGAUUUCCUCAUUGUAUUUCCGCCACAGGAAAGAGUUGUACAGUUGGUUAAGUCUACCGAGAGCACCGAAGAUGACAUGUUUCCCAUGGACAAGCCCUACAAUUUUCUAUAUUCAGUCCAUGCGCUUUCCGUAUGUCUGCGCGAAGAGGCUUUGGAGUCAUCCCCGAAUCAAGACUUUGUGUCUCAUAGCAUCAAGGUUCUGGUUUCUGCCUUGAUACGUCCUGCGAUGUCGGUCGCCUUCGAAGAAAGUGCUACAAAGCUCAUGUUCGCUACGCAUCUCAUCGAAUGUCUUCUCUACGCUCUCUUGGUGCGACCGGCUCGGACGGCUGAUGCACCCUUGAUCUCAGAUGCACCUGCCUUAUCCAAGAAACUCCUCGAAUGCAUAGACAUUGCACGAAAACAACCUCCUCAAAUUUCGGAACCUAGUCUCUUCAAGUUGAUAUGCCACUCCUUCGCCAUUCUCACUGAAGGCUCUGUACGCGAUUUCAACUUCUGGAGCGCAGUCAAGCAAUGCACACAGUUUGAUACGCUCCUGGUUUCGCUCUUGCUGGACGAGUACCGUCAGCCGAUUCGGAAGGGCAUUGCAGAGAAUAUAGCUGUUGUCUGUAGCCCCUCGAUGCUGCUGAAGAAGCAAGCGAAACCUGCUCGCACCGAACUUGCAGAGUCAAGCGACACUUCGGACUUUGAGAAUCCUGUCCGUUUGGACAUCCUGGCCACAAUCUGGGAUGCUUUCACCAAGAUUUUCCCGAGGACGCUGGAUCACGCCUCUCGUUCACAUGAGUUCUUUGAAGUUGCCUAUUUGAUUUUCCGUUCCGUUGCCGAGAAGUCGCCACAGGAUCUGGUGUUCAGCCAGUAUCUCAAGCAAUGGAGCCAGAUCAUGCUACUCCACAAGACAGAAGAGUUUGUUGGUCGCGAGCUCAUAGACGACCUAAUCCUAGGCUUCUGCCGCCUGUUGAAAGCAUGCCUCGAUCUAGCAAACAACACGGAGACCGCAAUAGAUACCUUCAAUCUUGCAGAGGAGCUCUUCGACAAGUACCUCUUUCCUGACCUAUCGAUGCCAUCGGAUGACCGUAUUGUUCCGCAGAUCCCUGUCAUGCACACACAAACCCGCCAGGAACUGUAUUCAAUCCUUGGCCAGCUCUGCGAGAUUGACCACAAUUAUGCUAAACUGGUGAAUCGUGUCCUGGAUGUCAUCCCGCAGGAUUACACGUACUCCGCUUCAUGGUGCUUUGAUCGCUUCAAGCUGAUUCGCUCGCCGGAGGGCUACGCAGGACUUAAGAACUUGUCCAAUACUUGCUACUUGAACUCUCUUCUAACUCAACUUUUCAUGAAUGUUGAUUUCCGUGACUUCAUGAUGCGACUUGAGCUCGAGGAUCCAGACACGUCGCAAAACUUGCUUGACGAAACGAGGAAACUGUUCGCAUAUAUGCAGGAGACAUGGCAAAAAAGCGUCGACUCACAGGCGUUUGUUGAUACCAUCCGCACCUACGACAACGAAGCGAUCGAUGUCACCGUUCAGAUGGAUGUCGAUGAAUUCUACAACCUUUUGUUUGAUCGAUGGGAGGCUCAAAUCCCGCGCCCAGAGGAUAAGAAGAAAUUUCGCUCAUUUUACGGCGGACAACUCGUGCAGCAAAUCAAAUCCAAGGAAUGUCCCCAUAUUUCAGAACGUCUGGAGCCGUUCUCGGCCAUCCAAUGCGAGAUCAAGGGCAAAGAAAGUCUUGAGGAGAGCCUACAGGCCUAUGUCGAAGGGGAAAUCAUGCAAGGAGAUAACAAGUAUUCAUGCACGUCCUGCGGUCGUCAUGUCGAUGCAGUCAAAAGAGCUUGUCUGAAAGACGUACCCGACAAUCUCAUCUUUCAUCUAAAGCGCUUUGAUUUCGACAUGUUUACAAUGAUGCGAAGCAAAAUCAACGAUGAGUUCAAAUUUCCCGAGUGUAUCGACAUGAGUCCUUACAACGUCGAAUAUCUUGCCGACCAGAGCACACCUAUACAAGAGGACAUGUUCGAGUUGGUGGGAGUGCUAGUACACAGUGGCACUGCUGAGUCCGGGCAUUACUAUUCAUUCAUCCGUGAAAGGCCCACUGCCGAUACCAGAGGUUCCUGGGUUGAAUUUAAUGAUUCGGAUGUCAGCCACUUUGACCACGGCAAGAUCCCAGAUCAAUGCUUUGGCGGUGUCAACGACUCCCUUGGCUCCUCUUCAAUGGGCCAAGUGCGGUUUAACAAGGCUUGGAACGCUUACAUGCUGUUUUAUCAACGCGUUUCAAGUAUGGAGUCAGCAAGAAAUGCCUACAAGCCUACAAGACCUCACCAUCCAGUGCAAGUCCACGUGCCGACCCCUCUCGCAAAUCACAUCGUCAUGGAGAACGAACUAUUCGUACGGACGUACUGUCUGUUGGAUCCCUGUCACUCUUUAUUCGUUCGGUUUAUGCUAUCUCUGCUCCAGGACUCCAAAGAUCCUGCUUGUGAAGAGAGGUUGAAGUUGGACAGGCAUGUGAUUACUAUUGCUUUGGAUACCUUUGAACAACUGCUCUCCCGGACUAGAGAGCUCUCUCAUCUCGAUACAUUUGUAGCCGAGAUUUUGAGGGUCAUCGAUGAGGUUCCUAGAGCCGCUUACAGGGUCAUGCAGUGGCUCACUGACCACCCAUCGGCAGUCCGAAAUUUGCUCCUGAAAAGCCCCCAUGUUGCUGUUCGUAACAGCUGGGUAAGGAUUAUCAUCUGUGCGCUUGCAAAGCUCCAAGAGCUUCACCGGAAAGCCGACAAUUCCAGCAAAGAGCAGGAGAGGUGGCUGAAUCGAUACUUGGAUGCGUUCGAAUCUUUGGUGAACACCCUGGAUGACCUCUGGGCUAUGCUUCAUACGGUGUGCAGGUCGUGGGAUGACUACUUCGAGCUCCUGCUACUACUUGUUGGCUUUGGAGGUGACGAGGCUGGGUUGGUUCUUAACAGCGGGUUCUUGCAGAAAUGCCUGGAGCUUGUGUGGCUUGACCACGAGGAUCUAAAGCGACUUCGACGUCAAUAUGUGGCAUACUGGAAGCUGUUAGAGAAAGGCCGAAGGUUUUCGCAUCGGAAGAUGACAGAUCUUCUGGCGGCGCUAUUGGCACACGUUAACCUCGCCGCGCCGCCAAGUGCAGAUGAUAGACGGCGGAUUUUGUCAGAUGGCCGGUACUCUCUCACUGCCGUAGAGAGUGGGCUCAUCUGGUCAACGGGCAUGAAACAGGAGUUACUGGUGUUGCAGAAGAUUCUUCAGCAGUACAGCAGCCCACAAGCUUGCAAAAGAAUUGUUGGUUUGUUUGUCGAUGCGGAACCCGAUGCAGGUCUUCUGAAUCCCAUCUGCAAAACGCUGGAGGAAGGUCUGAGGCUCUCGCCUGCUGAAAAUUGCAUUCCUUACUUGGAGGCAACUUUGAUUUUCUGUCGCCAGGGGCCCGACAAAGACCGCAUUGCUGGACUAAUUGAGUUUGUGGCGAAAGGAAUCGAGACAAUCGGCAAUAGCGGAGGGCAAGAGCAUCUGAACUUCUUCACAGGUGUCAUGGCCAGCAAAAACGAGCGCAUCGGGCUCAAUGAGGCUUGGUUCUUGACGCAGCUCAUAGAUAAGAUUCCCGAUUGGGCUCCUACUUUGCUCAUUUACCCCGAGAGAGCCGUGAGGACUAUGACCUUAGAAGUUCUCCGCCAGAUCCUGUUCAGUGGUCAAGAAGAGAUUGACGAAAAUUGGGAACCACGUCAGAGGGAAGUCGCUAAAGAGCUGGUGCACGUGAGCGUCGAGAGGCUGCGCAAACUCUGCUACAAUCCUUCCAACACUGGUGUUGUUGACACCAAAGUUCUGGAAUGCAUUCGGACCGUUAUCGAUCACUGCCUUACCACCUACUUCGAUGCCAGUGACGAAGACCAGGAAGUAGUCCUUCAGACACAUGAAUUCCUUGCAACGAUGGAGGAGUUCAUAGCGGACCUGCCUGAGGAGGUAGCUUCCGAAGAAUGGGAAGACAACUCCGUCAUGGCGAGCGACUCAGAGAUGGGGCCGGUAGCCUCUCCCUGAGUCUACUGUUGCGAACUUCUUCCGCCAAAAAGAAUUUGUGUACCACAUAUGAGAGACGAAUUUACGAUAAACCUUCUUUUGUGUGCUUGUGCCCCAUGCAUCUACGGCGUUCCCUCACCUGAGCUUGGCUCUUUUAGACCUGGGCGUUUUCUACCAUUCUGGCUAAUGUUGCUUCGGCGGUGGUUGGGCGGGUGUUUUGUUGUCAACGGUCUGCUGGAUUUAGCCCUUUAACUAGCAGGAGUUCUCUCUCUCUCUCUUUCUCUCUCGCUCUCUUUGUCUGUUGUCUGAGUAAUGCCUAUGCUCAGUGUGGUUUUCUGUGAUUUGUCCUCUACUACUUACCGGACCCGGGGACGGGGCGCAAUUCAAGGUUAUGACGGCGAUCUCUUAGUGGACUUCGGGUUUAAGAUGAUACCAAUAUUGCAAGUUCAUUUGGAGCGUAUCUACCAUAGUCGAAGGCAA